GUCUGGGGACCCGCUGUGAUUGGACGUUACAGGGAGGGGGCGGAGCCUCAGGGCUGAAUAAUUAGAAUUGAGCGUCGUUUCCUCUUCCCCCCCCCCCACCAGGCAGCGGAGACGCCUCAUCCUCGUUUAACACCGUCAGGCUUAAGGCUCCUCCUGAGCCCCGCCAUAGGCCACCAAGUUAGGGCGGACCCUUAAGAUGCCCUGUGCCCACGCCAGCCUGUAAACCCUCCUAGUGUAAUCUCUGACCCCUGGUGUUUCUAGGCCAUAGCUGGGGCCAGCCCCGCGUGUGGCCGUGGGGACUGUCAUGGAGCUGGGCAGCUGCUUUAAGACCUACGAGGACUUCAAGGAGUGCUUCAGCGCCUACAAAAAGGAGAACAGGUGCUCCUUCGUUCUCAGGGACUGCGUCUCCGUCCGCUUCCACAACCUCAACAACGGCACCUCCAUCCGUGAGGACAUCCUAUAUGUGCGGGUGAAAUUUGUCUGUAUUCGGACCCAGUCAAACAGGAAGAAAACACGGGCGGCGAACACGUGCCCAGCAUAUUUGCUCCUACAGUACAGCGAGAGACUAGAUAGACUGUUUAUCAGUGAACUGAACACCCAGCACACCCACGUCGACUCCAGAACCACUGGCCCAGGAGGAGACAGCACUGGCAGAGCUCAGAAGACAACGUGCCUGCAGAAAUUCCAGCCCAUGCCCACAGUCCAAAAGGACCUUGGUACCGUCACAAAGUCCCUGGUUGAACCAUCAUUUUGCCUAAAUAAGGUGCAUGUGCCCUCAGAGCCAGAGCAAGAGGGACUCACCCCUUCUGACCUGGCUAAGAUAGCGAAAGUGAUGAAGAACUUUCUUAAGGUAGAUGAGGGUUCCAUGGCCUCCUUCAGUGUGGGCAACAGCCAAGAUCUAGACCGGCUCAGCUUCCAGAGCAGCAAGAUGAGCGACCUGUUCAUCCGCUUCCCAGAGAACCUCUUGCUGCACCGGGUGGAGAACACACAGGGCCACAUCCUUUACGCUUUCUUGGUGGAGAACAAGGAACGAGAGGGUCGAGUGGUGCACUUUGCUGUGCUCAGGGCCGAGACGGCCACCUCUGUGGCCAAGAUGCUGAGCAUCUUCACAGAGUUCAACUCCGACUGGCCCAAGGUCAAGGUGGUCUUUGUGGACCCUUUGUUCCCUCACCGGACUGUCCUACAAGAGAUCUUCCCUGCUGCCCGCAUCCUCCUGUCCAUCUACCACACCACCCGGCUUUUGGAGAAGAAGUUGCAUCGUAGUUCGGCAACUCCGUCCUUUAAAAGGCUCAUGAAAGAAGCCCUGCGGGAGGCUGUGUUUGUCACUUCCGAUGCCAGCCUGAAAAAUCUCUGUCAUAUGUCCCAGGCGCUGCUCGAGGAUGAUCUUUUCAGCUUCCUGCAAGCCCACUGGUUCUCCUGUGAACUGCUCUGGUACAUGCACGUCAGGAAGGGCCUGCACGCAUGCAGCACCUACAUGGACAGCCUGGACAUCGUCACCAGCAAGGUGUCCAGCCUCUUUCGGGAGCAGCAGUCCCUGCUGGACUGCAUCCUCCGCUUUGUGGAUUAUAUAGACUUCUUUAAUACCAAAGGCUUAAAGAACGUGCCCACAGCUCCUCCCAAGUUGAAGAGAGCCCGGCCAGCAAGCAUGCCGCCAAAGUCCAAGAAGGCUUUUGGCAUCUGUGGGGAGAGCAUUGGCAGGCCCCCUGUGGGAGAGACAAAACCAGAGGCACGGCAGGGUCAGCUGCAGGGGCACCCACAGGCGCAGCCUUCCCAGGGUGGCAUGCUAGACACUCUGCACCAGAGCUCUGAACUAGCCUACAAGCUGUGCCACAACGAGUGGGAGGUGGUGCAGAACUCCACCCACCUGGUGGACAUGGCCGGCUCCUCGGUGGAUGUGCAGCUGCUUGAAGACUCCCAGCAGGUGAGCAAGGAUGGCUGCAGCUGCAGCUGCUCCUUUCAGCAGUGGUACCACCUGCCGUGCCGGCACAUUUUGGCCCUGCUUCACACCAGCCAGCAGCCCGUGGGGGAAGCCAUGGUGUGCCGCCGGUGGCAGAAGAAGUAUCAGCACCUCCUUGGGCCCAAUGGGGAGCUCCAAGACCAUAGUGUGGUUCCCAACACAGGUCAGCCCGAGAAACAAGGACGCAAUGACAAGAUCCAGGACCUAAGCAGGGAGCUAGCCAACCUACUAAUGCAGGCAGAGGGGCCAGAGCUGGAGGAGCGCUAUUCCACCUUGAGCACGAUUGUGGACAUCUGGGCCGGUCCCUGUCAGUCAUCUGAGUCCCGUCAUCAACCAGGAGACUUUAAGGAUGUGGGUCGCCUCCCUUUUCUCUGGGGAAAGCAAGAGGAAGGGGAGGGACUCCCUUCUGCUGCAGCCAUGAUUCAUAAUUAAAGCAUUCACACUGGCACAUUGGACCACAAACCCCUGCCAUUGAAAUUUGGACAGUUCCGAGUGGGCAGGACUAGUUAGUGGUCAGCACUUUAACCACUGUCUUCCUUAGUAGGGCUAGGAAGAUUAUUUCAACAGGGAGAAGAACCCCACUGUGUGACAGUGCUUUGAAUCUGUACCCUUUCAGCCCUAUUUUUGGCUUUCUUUGGGAGCCUCAUUCAUUGUUCAAGGCCAAAGUAAUCUCCAUGCUGAAAGGUCACCUCUCUUCCUCCCCAAUCUCUGAAAUCGUAUCUUAUUUGACCUAGACAGAUGAACCCCCUGCUCCAGGACAGGGAGAGACAAAAUAGGUCUGCUGUCAGGGACCAAGGGAGGGAGGGAGAUCCUUGCUAUCACUGCUCUUUAUGAAGAUUCUGUUAUUUGUUCUUGUUUUUAUUCAUAUUGAAUAAAGUUUUUUAUUUAAAAAAU